UUAACGGAAGUGAGAGAAGUCAAUGUUCAUGCCAUCAGGUUGGAGGCUGCCCAUGUUUUGUUCCUCCAACCUGUAUGUGGCUCCAUCUUGACAGUAGAGGAGUCCAUGGAUAGACAUAUCAGAACGGGAAUGGGACGUGGAAUUAAAAUGUGUGGCCACUGUGAGAUCCUGCUUUCUCUGGUGGGCAGAGCGUAGGUGUUCAGCGAAAGGGUGUCCCAGUCUGCGUCGGGUCUCACCAAUAUAUAAAAGGCUACACCGGGAAGACCGGACACAGUAUACCACACCAGCUGUCCUGACGAAGAGUCUCGGCCCGAAACGUCGACAGUGCUUCUCCCUACAGAUGCUGCCUGGCCUGCUGUGUUCCACCAGCAUUGUGUGUGUGUUGUGUGAUUCCCCGAGUCUGCAGCGCGCGUAGUGGACAAUCGCGGUACUGCAGGGGAUCAGCAACUCCCCGAAAGUGAAAGCAUUCUGAAUCAGGAAUUGCCGGAGUUAACAUGGCUUCGAAAGGAGAGACCGACAGUUUGAGCGAGGAGGUGAUUUGUCCGGUCUGUCUGGAUUUCUUCACCGAUCCGGUUACACUGGAGUGUGGACACAACUUCUGUCGCUCUUGUAUCACACGGUAUUGGGAAAGGGAGCAGAGAAACUCCUGCCCGGAAUGUAGAGAGGAGUUUGCUGACCGCACCCUCAGGGUGAAUCGGGCCUUAGCAAAUCUGACACAAAAAGUUCGAAAUCUAAACCUGAAUCCGAAAGGGAAGGAAAGUAAACUUCACUGCGAGGAACAUGAGGAAGAACUGAAGCUGUUUUGUGAAACGGACAAGACACUGAUCUGUGUAAUCUGUGCAGCUGCGCAGGAACACAGAGAGCAUCGAUUUGUGCUGAUUAAAGAAGCUGUUAAAAUCUACAAGGAUCAGCUAAAAUCUUCCUUAGACUCUCUCACAAAAAAGGAAUCAGACUUCCAGGAAAAGGAGCAGCAACAGAAAGAGAAGAUUUCCGGAGUUCAGGAACAGUCACACAGCCUUCAGUCCCACAUCACAUCCCAGUUUGCUGAACUGCGCCAGUUUAUCACUGAGAAAGAGCAGAGCUUACUCAGGGAUCUCAGGGAAGAGGAGAAGAGGAUUCUCAACCCAAUGGAGAAAAAUCUUCUGGCUCUUCAAGAGAAUAUCAGGAUUAUUCAGGAGGAAAUCACAAAGUUAAAGGAACAGAUGGAUCAAAAAGACAGUGUGAUAUUUCUCAAGGAGGAAGCUCGUCGGAACAGAAGGAUUAAUGACGAUGUCCAGGAAUUGUCAGUGACAGAUGAGACCCUACCGGUUGAAAAAUUCGAUCACCUCUAUUUGUUGAACACAGUGCUGAGAGAAAUGCUUGAUGCUAUUAAUCGAGUCUCUGUCACCCUGGAUGUGGAAACGGCGAAUCCGGGUCUCGAGGUGUCUGAGGAUCGGAAGAGUGUGAGAUGGACCGGGACCCGGAGGAAUCUCCCUGACACCGGGAAGAGAUUCACACACUGGGAAUGUUUGCUGGGGUCGGAGGGAUUCACAUCGGGGAGACAUUACUGGGAGGUGGAGGUGACGUGGAUUCGGUUCUGGUGUCUGGGAGUCGCCGCAGAGUCUGUGGAGAGGAAGAGACGGGUCAGUCUGAGUCCGGAGACCGGAUUCUGGGUCAUCGGGCGGUAUUAUGACGUGUUUCAUCGGGAUGGUGACGUGUUACAUCGGGAUUGUGACGUGUCCCGUGAUCUCACCUCCCCCGAGUCCCGUCUCCCUGCCGGUCCCAAACCCGGGAGGGUGGGAGUUUAUCUCAGUUACGAGUCCGGGACAGUUUCAUUUUACAACGCGGAGACCAAGUCCCAUCUCCACACCUUCACUGGGAAUAAAUUCACGGGGAAACUUUAUCCUUUCUUCGCGCCCUGGGAUGCGAACCAGUGGCUGAGAAUCUGCUCCGGUUCCGCUCCGGGUCUGUAAACGGGUCCGGUCCCGGGACCGGCGUCAGGAGUAAAGUCCCUGUAAAUAUAAAUGUGCGGAGAGUGCAGCUAAAUACGUGGCUAAGGGGAUGGUGCAGGAGGGAGGGCUUCAUGUUUCUGGUCAAUUGGGCUUUGUUCCCGGGAAGGUGGGGCCUGUUCCGACGGGACGGUUUGC